AUACGUAGAGCAAAGUUACUUUCAAAAAGCGUAGAUAUGUUAUUUUAGAAAUAUUCUGUUUUGAUUAGUAGUUAAGCAAAACAUGUCCAGAAUGCAAGCACUGAGACUACCAGCCAUUCUUUUUUUCAUUGCAGUCAUUACUUUAUUUAAACAUGUGUCUAGUGCUCCCAAUUACAAACAAAGUAAGCAGGAUACUAAUGCCACUGGAAAUUUGAUGCCAUCAUUAAAAUGCAAUUGUGGUCCUAAAGGAGUUUGCUUCGUCGAAUAUGGUGAGAGAAAAUGCGUCUGCGAAGAAGGAUAUAAACAACGGGACAACGGGAACUGUGAAGAAUGCGAUUGUGGUCUAAAUGGAAUUUGCGAUUUUGAAUAUGGUGAGAAAAACUGCCACUGCAUAGCCGGGUAUCAAGAAAAGGAUGGGAAGUGCAUAGAAUGCGACUGUGGCCCACAAGGUAUAUGCUUUUUUGAAAAUGGCGAGAAAAACUGCAACUGCAACCGAGGUUUUCGAGUACAAUAUGGGAGAUGUAGAGAAUGCGAUUGUGGGAUGAAUGGCGAUUGUUCCUUUGAUGAUGACGGAAAUAAAACAUGUGAUUGUGACGAGGGGUUUUCAGUCAUGAAUGUGGGUACUAAACAAAUAUGUGUUGAAACCUGUGACAGCGAUGAUGAAUGUGGGAUUGGAGGCAAAUGUAUUGAGCGGGAAGAAAAAAAAUUCUGUAAAUGCAAAUCUGGAAUAGAAGGAGACAAGUGUGAAAUAAUCACAGAGUGUCUUUGGGGGAAAUUCAGGAAAUGCGCCGAGUCUGGAGGUCUUUGCUAUUUCGAUGGUAUCAAGGCCAUCUGCAAGUGUCCUUAUGAUAAGAAAUUUGAUCCACGGGAUUCAGCUUGUAGAGAAAACUGCUGGGACGAUACUGAUUGCUAUAACGGAGGUAAAUGCGAUCCUGAAACAGAGUUCUGUUUUUGCAAACCUAAAACCUAUGGAGACAAAUGCGAAUACAUCGAAGGCUGCGAGUCUCUCAAGUGUGGAGACAUAAUUGCCGGAUGCGUUUAUGAUGUCAACACACAGCAACCAACUUGUUCAUGCUUUGAUGAUAAUUACUAUUAUAACAACGGGAAAUGUAACCCCAAAUGGUGCUUAGACGGAUGCAACUCCGCAGUCAGCAUAUGUGAGUACAGAAAUGGAGUUGGAAUUUGUAAAUGCCGUGAUGCGAAUACAUAUUACGACUACUCGAAGAAAAUUUGCCUCAGGAUUGAUCCUUGCUUCAGUGUGGAAUGUCGGGAGAAUCAAAUCUGCAGCAAUGGAAUGUGUAAAUGCGAUGAAAAUUACAAGAUAUGGAACGGAACAUGCGAGAGCAUGGAUUUGUGUGAAUUUAACAAGUGCUUUAUUGGUGCAAGAUGUGAAGAAGACAAUAAUUUCGGCAGAGUGAGAUGUUUUUGUAAAUCUGAUACCGAAUUUUACCUUAAUGGAAAAUGUCUAGAUGGCAGUUGUUUCUUGCCUGGUCAAAGAAAAGAUUGCAAGAAAUCUUGUCCAGCAGGAAUGACUCGUAUAAAUGGCGAAUGCGAGCUUCGUAGGGAAGAAAAUAAAUGUGAUAAAGAUUGCGGGUUCCUUGGAUGGUGCUAUAGGGUUUCUGAUUCUAUUCAGAAAUGCGUGUGCGACCCUAAUUAUGCUGAAAAGGAUCCAAUGACAGAUAGAUGCGUCUUAAAAUCAGUUGUCUGCCCAAUGAGAAGAAGAGAUGGCGAUAGCAAAUGCAGUUGCACCGGAAAAUACAAACUCGCCAAAAAUGGAAUUACUUGUGAAUUAAAAUCCUGCUCUGAUGAAGAUGUGCUGCGUGAAUGCAAAUCCAGACGAGCAGAGAAGUGCGUGGAUAAUUGGAAACAUGAUGGGUACAGAUGUGUUUGUCCUUUAGGAUAUAUGGAUCAUAAGAUUAAAGGCUGCAUCGAUCCGUGCAGUGUGAAUAUGAUGAAGGAUACCUGUUCCGUUCAGGGACAGUUGUGUUAUAUUGGAAUCAAGGAUAGAGUUGGUGAUUGUAGAUGUCCCCCCACCUUCACUUAUGAUACAAUGACAAAAACAUGCAAGAGCAGUAACAAUACAUUUAUGAUCCGGAGGUUACCAGUCUUGAAGAAAAUGUAUGAAUUCGCUGAGAAUAAUAUCAAUCAAGUAUUGCUGAGCCGCGACGCCAUAACAUCUAUGAUGCAAACUUUUAAUAACUUAGAUUUUGCUCAUGUUUUCAAUUAUAGAAUUGACGAAGAUGUUCUUUUUUGCGAUGUCUGGCUCCAGUUUAACCCUCAUCUCCCAGACUCAUUCAGAGCGACUUCAGAAGUUCAGCGUUGGAAAUUUCAGCUCAUUGAAACGAGAAAUCAACUCAUUUUACCACCGAGACUUCUUCUGGAUCGUGAUAACAUAGAAGCAGUGAUAGAAGAAGAACUGACUCUCUGCUCCAGUUCCGUGUUUCAAUUAGUUUGUGGCACUGGUUCCAUUUGCUAUGACAACAAGUGUGAUUGCGCUCCCGGUUUCAGAGUCAUAGAUUCUACAAUAAAAGUAUCAGGAGAGAGACGCAUUCUGAGAUGCGAAGACAUUGACGAAUGCUCUGAAGGUAUUCACAACUGCCCAAAUAACACAAUCUGCAUAAACACGCAAGGAGAUUAUUACUGCCAAUGCAAGCCAGGUUAUAAAAAGGAUGAGAAUCGCUUCCUUGUGAUGGACAAGAAGCCAUGCAUUGGUUUGUGUGAUCCAAACCCUUGCGGAAAUGGUACUUGCCAAAUAUUUGAAGAUUAUUCGAUUUAUUGCAAAUGUGAUGAAGGAUUUGUUGGUCCUUUUUGUGAAGAUAAUAUUGAAGUAAAAACUAAAAUUGAGAUUGAAUCAAAUAAACCCAUGUUUAUUGGAAUCCUUACAUUUUUUUGCAUUUUAAUAAUGAUGUUAAGUGGGACGCUCUGUUAUAUUCAUUUGAAUAAAAAGAAAGAAUGAAGAUUUUCUUAUGUUUGCAUUUAAAAUACGAUUAUGCCCUGAUGUGUGUUAAAACAACAGACCAACAAUCUUAAAUAUCUGCGACUGUAUAUAGAAAUGUUAAAUGUUAUGGUAUAAAAGUAAUAAAC